CCUUCAAGAUCAGUUUCUCAUCAAUUAAGUUUUAACCUACAAAGGAAAAAAUCAAAGAAAAAGGAAGCUAGGGUUUUAAUUUGUGAAAUGGGGCGUGGAAAGAUAGAGAUAAAGAGGAUUCAAAACACAACAACAAGGCAAGUUACUUUCUCAAAAAGAAGAACAGGACUAAUCAAGAAGACUCAUGAGCUUUCUGUUUUAUGUGAUGCACAAAUUGGACUCAUCAUAUUCUCAAGCACUGGAAAACUCUUCCAAUAUUCUUCUGAACCCUAUAGGAUGGAUCAAAUCAUAGAAAAGUACCAGAGAUCUACUGGGAAACGCAUUAUGGUGGAAAGUGAUCAUCACUAUAGGGAAGAAAUGUUCCAUGACAUGGCAAUGCUGAGGCAAGAAAGUAUUCGUGUUGAAUUGGGAAUUCAACGAUAUCUUGGAAGUGAUAUGAAUGGUUUAAAGUAUGAUGAUUUGACUAAACUUGAAGAGGAAUUAGAAUUCUCUCUUGCAAAAGUUCGAAACCGUCAGAAUGAGCUAUUGAGUCAACAAAUGGAGAAUCUGCGAAGGAAGGAAAGAAUAUUGGAAGAUGAACACAUCAAUUUGUCGAACUGGGAGCAAAGGGCAGUGAUGGAAUUUCACAAGGCAGCAAUAGAAGCAAACAAACAACAACAAAAUGGAAUGGAUGAGUUUGCAUUCUUUGAGGAUCAACCAGCUGGUACCAUUCUUCAACUUGCUGCCCCUGUUCUUCCACUUCACCUUCAUCCUUAUCUUCAGCUUGCUCAGCCAAAUAUUCAUCAAGAUUCUCUCCCUUCUAGGGACCCCAAACCAUAAUAAUCUAUUCGUUAACGAGUAGCAUGGAGUGUUUUUCUGAUCUCGUCGAAUAUUAUGCAGCUUGAUUAUUGAUGACAAUUACUAAUAAUUUCGCUUUUCCCUAUUAUCCAGUCUAGUAUAUGUUCAAUUUCAUGUUGAGUGUUGGAUAUAUAUAACAACAAGUACUUAUAAUGUUUUAUUGUUUUUGUGUGUGUAUUAUUUAAACAGAGGAGUACUAAUUUGGUAUAUAUAAUUAUUUAGUAG